AUGUCAGAUUCCGAUAAUUGGUGUUUAAUAGAGUCGGACCCUGGAGUUUUCAGUGAAUUGAUUCGUGGGUUCGGGGUUUCCGGUGUGCAGGUUGAAGAGUUGUACAGUUUGGACGACGAACUAUUCAAUGAGAUCAAACCUGUUUAUGGACUCAUUUUUCUCUUCAAAUGGCGUAUGGGUGAGGAUCCUGUUGGUACUUAUGUGUUCGACAAUAGUCGAGUCUUCUUCGCACAGCAAGUAAUUCAAAAUGCGUGUGCUACUAUUGCGAUAAUAAAUUUAUUGCUGAAUAUGAAGUCAGAAUCUGGUGUUGUACUCGGCUCAGUUUUAGAAGAUUUCAAAAGUUUCACUCAAGGUUUUGAUCCAAUCAAUCGUGGUCUAUGUCUUGGGAAUAGUGAUCCUAUCAGAAAGGUUCAUAAUAGUUUUGCACGGCAGCACCUUUUUGAACUUGAUAUCAAAGGACCAGAGAAGGAAGACAAUUACCAUUUUGUGGCUUACCUUCCUAUUGAUGAUCACAUCUAUGAACUUGAUGGCCUCCGUGAUGCACCACUUGAUCUUGGAGUAAUUAAAGAAGGCCAAGAUUGGUAUUCUGCUGGUGAAAUUCAUUUCAAUCUAAUGGCUGUUAUCUCAGAACGGAAAGCGAAAUUCCAAAGGCAAUUAACUGAGCUUAUCGAGUCAGCAAUGGAUACUGAUAGUAAAUCGGAACAAAUCAGUCACCUUCAAGCACUGAUUGCAGCUGAAGAAGAAAAGGAAAAGGGCUUUAAAGCUGAAAAUAUCAGACGUCGUCACAAUUAUAUUCCCUUCAUUGUAGAGCUGUUAAAGAUACUAGCCAAAGAAGGAAAGCUGGUCCCUCUAAUAAAAGAAGCACAAGAAAAAGCAAAUCGUAAACCAGUCGUAAAGAAGGAAGAAAAACUGCAGUCUAAACUCUGA